CUAAGUGCGUGUGUCCCUGCCUCUUUCGCGCCGUUGUCGCCUCCGCCUCUCCGCACUCUUCUCUCCGCCAGGACCUCGCGCCCCCGCCCGCGCCUCGCUCCGUCUGAGCCCCUCUCCAUCCCCCUCCCCGGCCGUCUAUGCGCCCGGCCCUCUCCGCGCGGCGCCGGUGAACCCGCGAGCCGCCCCGAUGUACAGCAUGAUGAUGGAGACCGACCUGCAUUCGCCCGGCGGCGCCCAGGCGCCCACGAACCUGUCGGGCCCGGCCGGGGCGGGCGGGGGCGGCGGCGGCGGCGGCGGCGGCGGCGGGGGCUCCAAGGCCAACCAGGACCGGGUCAAGCGGCCCAUGAAUGCCUUCAUGGUGUGGUCCCGCGGCCAGCGGCGCAAGAUGGCCCAGGAGAACCCCAAGAUGCACAACUCGGAGAUCAGCAAGCGCCUGGGCGCCGAGUGGAAGGUCAUGUCCGAGGCCGAGAAGCGGCCGUUCAUCGACGAGGCCAAGCGGCUCCGCGCGCUGCACAUGAAGGAGCACCCGGAUUACAAGUACCGGCCGCGGCGCAAGACCAAGACGCUGCUCAAGAAGGACAAGUACUCGCUGGCCGGCGGGCUGCUGGCGGCCGGCGCGGGCGGCGGCGCGGCCGUGGCCGUGGGCGUGGGCGCGGCGGCCGUGGGCCAGCGGCUUGAGAGCCCCGGAGGCGCGGCGGGCGGCGGCUACGCGCACGUCAACGGCUGGGCCAACGGCGCCUACCCCGGCUCGGUGGCGGCGGCGGCGGCCGCCGCGGCCAUGAUGCAGGAGGCGCAGCUGGCCUACGGGCAGCACCCGGGCGCGGGCGGCGCGCACCCGCACGCGCACCCCGCGCACCCGCACGCGCACCACCCGCACGCACACCCGCACAACCCGCAGCCCAUGCACCGCUACGACAUGGGCGCGCUGCAGUACAGCCCGAUCUCCAACUCGCAGGGCUACAUGAGCGCCUCGCCCUCGGGCUACGGCGGCCUCCCCUACGGCGCCGCGGGCGGCGCGCACCAGAACUCAGCCGUGGCGGCGGCGGCGGCGGCGGCGGCCGCGUCGUCGGGCGCCCUGGGCGCGCUGGGCUCGCUCGUCAAGUCGGAGCCGAGCGGCAGCCCGCCGGCCGCGGCGCACUCGCGGGCGCCGUGCCCCGGGGACCUGCGCGAGAUGAUUAGCAUGUACUUGCCGGCCGGCGAGGGCGGCGACCCGGCGGCGGCGCAGAGCCGGCUGCACUCGCUGCCGCCGCACUACCAGGGCGCGGGCGCGGGCGCCAACGGCACGGUGCCCCUGACGCACAUCUAG